AUGGUGGCGAGACGUCGUCUCGGCAGGUUCAACCAUGCCACAAAGGAGACUCGCUGGAAAGGCUCCAAGGCAAGGGAAUUAGGCGAUGGCUACAAGCUGAUCUACCACGGCACAUCAAAUCGUAAUGGCGUUGGUAUCAUAUUGAACGAGUUUAGAAAUAGCGUCACAGCGGUGGAUCGACUAUCGGAUCGCUUGAUGGCUGUAGAAGUAGAUACAGGAAAAGUGGAAUUGCGAGUCGUCUCUGCUUAUGCGCCACAGGCGGGCUGUAGUGAAGAAGAGAAGGCAAGCUUUUGGGAGGAUCUGGAGCCCUGA